AUGAGUAGUGAUUUGAAUUUGGCAGGUAUUUGUGGUGUUGGGAUUAGGGUAUGACGUUAUGGUGUGACAUGUCAUGUUGUGAUUGGCUGUUGGAUUUUGCCCAUUUUUGGGGGGCGGGCAUGCGGGUUGUUGUGUUUUUUUAAAAGUAAUUUGAGGUAUUUUGAGGUUUUAUUGACUAUAUUACAUUUUUAUUGCUACUAUUUCCAGGCGAAUGGAAGAUAUUUACUUGUUGGCUGCCUAUUUUUAGCAGUUCUACAGCGUUUAUUUUAUCUAUUCUAUCUAUUUAUUAUAUCUAUCUUUUUUUAUUAUUUCUAGGCUGUUCUUUCUUUCUUUCUUUCUUUCUUCUGUUAUUAGUCUAGGACCUGUAAAUGAGUUUGUAUGCAUUUAAUUUAGGACAGAUAAUCUCAACUGUUUUAGGGCAAGUUGACCAUGACGGUCAACAUGGUAAUGCUGCCCGAACCCCAAUCCGGGACGAAACGUCCGAAACUGACCACACCCAAAAACAAUGCUUUUGCCAUAGUGCUAUCUACCAAACCAUAAAAGCUUUGGCUAUUCUGAGGUGCUUAUAUGGUUCAGAGAUGGUGGUUUUAGGGGUGGUCCUUGGUAAGUGUGAAAUGCCUAGCACUGAUAUUUCACAAGAAAAUGACCAUGCGUCAUAGUCAAAACAUAGUCAAACGUCAAUUUGUGGCUUACAACUUCAAAUAAACAGCAGUGGAUCUACAUCACUUUUUUCCUAAAUCUUUUUUAUAGAAACAUAAUUGGUACUUAUUUAAUUAUAUUAUCACUGUUUUGGUGUAAAAUAGUUAAUAUUUUGUGACCGAAAUAAUAAUUUGAAAUGUACAUACCUCCUGCAAAUGGACGUAUUUGGCCAAAUUCUCCACUUUACUCCGCUGUUUAUGGCCGAUCUCGUUGAAAUCCUUCCAAGUAUGCAAUUCAGCUCAAACAUAAUGGUAUCAAGCACAUUUUAAACAAGUUUCAACUGGGUUUCAGAUCCUAGCUGUUUAACCAUCGACAUUGUAAACAAUUCGACCUUGUUAUUCUUCCAUCCAAGCCAUUUCCAUCAACGAAUAACAAAUUUAACCCUUUUUUAAGGGUAUUAAAGUGCCACUGCAAUGGAAAAUUAUGUCUUUUUAUGUCAUAUUAUGUCCAAUUCCAUUUCCUUCUUCCUUUUUUUCCAACGCAAACAUGCAAAUUUUUCGGCCGCCAUUACUGAGUUAUCAAUUAGUGAGAUGUCAAUUUCUUAGCCGAAUGUGACGUCAUUUACUCAACACGCUUCUUUCCCGAAGGAGAAAUUAAUAUUAUCAAAGGCUUAUACUAGGCUGUUUUUUGUUCAAAAUUAUGUCUUCAAAAAUCUCUUUUGCCAAAAACGUUUCUUGUCAUAGCUGGGGUGAUGUAAAUAUGGAGAAAAGUGUGGAUUUGUGCGAGGCCUAUGAUACAGUACUUCAGUCGAAGCUUUUGCCACUGAAGAAACAUAAUACAUGAAGAGUACUAUAACUGAGAGAGAGCAAGAGCAGCAAACACUGUCUGCCAGAUUGUUUGGGAAAACCUCAAAUGACACCUGGUACGUUUUGGAUUGUAUUUAUUUAUGUUUUGGUUAUAUUUGUGACAUAAAACAAACUUGUGAUGGCCAUGUAAAACAAAACAAAUGGUCACUGUUCUCCUUAUAAAAUAUCAUUGUCACCUCCAUUAUAUUGCACGAAACGUCUUCAAUGAGAGAUGGCUUAAAGAUGACUGUGUUGCCAAAUUAGAAUUUCAAUUUAUAUACUUCAAUAGUAUACUUUAAUAUAUUAAUGGUCCAUUGGUGUAAAUGUGGUAAUUGUGUCCUGGCUCAUUGUUGUUUAUGUGAACCCUGUAAGGAAAAAAUGCUCGAAGAAAACAUGCAUGACUGCUGCUUAACUGAGCAUCCAGCAUUUGAUAUUGGUUGUUUGAAACAUUGGUUGUUAAAACUUGCUGGUUUAAGUUACAAAACCUGAAUAAAAGGCUGCCAAAUUAUACCACUAUGUAUACCAAAAGGAAAAAGAGUGAACCAGAGUAAGUAUUUUAAUGUGUAGUUCUAGGCUAUACCCCCCUAAUGGAUGAGAUUUAGUGAAUUAUGAACCAUCCCUCUAGAUUUUUCUAACUGUUACUGACAGCUUGUUACCCCCAUCCCUGUGGAAAUUCUGGACAGUUUUUUACUACUAUCAUACUUUCAAGCAUGAUGUCAGUGUUUUAAAAAAAUAACUCGGCAAGAUACAACAUUGUUCACAUAAACAAUACAGAAACCGUAUCUUGGCAUAUGCACAGCAAGGAAGGGGGUACCUUCAGGGGCGGAUCUAGGAUUUUUCAUACCUCAGUCAAAAUUUUUUUGGUGGACGGGGCGUUAUCGGCGCUGGGCGUGGUCUCAACUGGGCGUGGUCGACUCCAGACGGGGGCAGUGGGCGCUAAAUGCUGAUAGUCCGCCACUGGAUUUUUAGAAUUUUCCCUACCCCCCCCCCCACACCUAUUAACCUAAACCCUAAUUAACCAAAUUAUAAAACAUAUUUAGAUUAAAUUGAUAAACUCAAAUGAACAUUUGAUUCUUAUCCACAGGCACUGUAAGAACAACUACAAAUGCACAAAGAUAUAUUGAUCCUAUUUCAAUACAAAAUUUUAUAGAUAUGUUACAAUUAUAUAAUACUUUAGAACUCAUCAGCAAUUUAGCAUGUUUGCCUGUGGAUUAAUGAAUCAUCGUCAUAUUGGUACUAUAUGCUUAUAAGUGUAUCAUUGUAAAACUUCUAAAAUCAUAUGGCAGCAAAUGCAUUAAGGAAAUAUACUGUUCUGUUACCAAAAACACAGAACUAUACAUAAACAAGUAAUUGCCAGUAGCCUGAGCUCUAAAAAACAACCACGUAUUCAUUAACUAAGUCAAAGAUUUUAAGUCAAAUAUUAAUAAACUAAACCCUUACUAUUAAUAAACUAGUAACAUCAGAAUGGCUACCAGUCAAUGAGCUAUUGAAGCUACCUAAUUAAAUAUUUCACAUCAUGUUACAUCAGACCAAUGCGGCCCAACAAGCCAUGUCGAUAAGCUAUGGAUAAACAAUGCACGUAUACAUGUUAACACGUACAUGUUGUGUGAUUAAUGCAUAAAUAUAAAGAAAUUUUAAAUAAAACUUCGCUAACAUGAGAAUCAACAAAUGCUUACAAUGUUGACACGAGAAUUAUGCUAAUACAGCAAUACAGCAUAGCGAAUAUAUUAAAAUAUCAUAUGUCAGACAAUCAUUAACAACACCGAUGGCUUGGUACUCAGUAACUCCAGUUUGUAAACCUUUAAUAUGAACUAAGAUACAUCACUAUAAAACCAUAAAUUUAUCUACCUUAUUGCAGUGCAAGCUUUGUCUUUCUCUAGCAGUAGCUCUCUGCGCCAAAAUUUCUAGGGAGGCUUGUGCUUGUGUUGUUGAUGGUGCCGCUCAGUAGCUUGUCAACAAAAUUCGUCCGUGAGGCAUCGAUAUUCUUUUCAAGCUCCAUAUACAAAUGUUGUAUAGAGAUUCCAAAUUGUUUGCCGCAAUCGCAAACUGAACAUUGUCGAAAAUGUUUACAGAUAUCGCUGGUAGAAAUCGCUCGUAAUAGUAAACGUUCGAAAUAGUAAACACUCAGAGGUAAACACUAAUGCGGUGUUGACGAAUACCUCACGCUGCGAAUCCCAUCGAAAAUAUAAGCCAAUGACAGUGCAGAAUAUUUUUAAAUGGUUCAAUCAGAAGGCUCAUACAGAGCCCCUGAACCUGCAAAUCCGUCAGGCCUCCCCACAGAUCCGUCGCAAAUGGCCGUAACCAUGGAAAUGAGCGUGUCAGCCAAUCAGAUAGCCGGAUUUGACCCCCGAAUCCGUCAACUUUCAUGCGUAAGACCGCUGUUCGUGACUGACUAACAUUACUUUGCCGAAGCUCUGCCGCAGCAUGAAAUGUAUAACUGGACUACCGGUGCGAUUCAAAAUUUUAGUAACUCGAUCUACUGGCAACUAUAGAUAGCUGGAGUAAAUUUUUUUUUAAGUAGGCAAUUUUUACUUCAGUCGCGCGACUGAUUUGACGACCCCUAGAUCCGCCCCUGUAAAAGGCAUCGAUGUUACGGGCAAAUCUUCGCUGACCAUCUAACCGCGGAAGGAAAAAGCCUGGGUACAAGGUUGCUUAACAUAUUUAUAUGAAAGAAAAAAGGAUCCGAAAUAAUCCCUGCAAACGGGGAAAAAUGAUGGUCAUUAUUUCGACGAAUUGAACCAACAGAUGCGGAUAUCGUUUUUAUCUUUUAAUUAAAUAAUAAAACAAUUAUUGAAUUCCGUUUUCGCAUAAUAUGAAGAAUUAUCCAGACUUUAGUUUGUGUCAUCGCUUCGGUUGAUAACACAAACUUCGCGCUUUAUAAUUAUUUAUAUGAUGCUCAAGCUCACUAAUUUAAAUAUUUAUAACAUUGAAUUACCGUUUUUGCUUUAGAACGGCACAUUGAAUAUCAUCGGCAGGAAAAAAAGUAUCUUCAAGUUAUCGCAGGUACGUAAUUACAUGCAGAAAAAAUACGCAUCAAAGAACUAUACAAAGAAUUAUAAGGGAGGUACCGGAUAUAAUGUAUCCGAUUCUCCGGUCAUAUAUUUCGGAUAUUAAUUGUUUACGCAAAGUUCCUCGUAUUUCUUUUCAGUUAAUGUGUAGCGAUAAAGGCAUGGGUAAUUUAUCAUACGAUCUUGAUAAAAUAGAAAUGAUGGAACAAAAACUAACAGUCAUAUAUUAUUCAGUGCAGUACAUUUUACCUCCUCCCCCUCAUGGCGAGUAGCUUUGUCAAAAUGAAUCCCAGAAUAUUAUACUGAAAUUCCAAAUGACGUUUUGAUACUCUAUUACUUUUUUAACUCAGGGCGAAUAUGUUGCUCCUGAUAAAAUUGAGAAUAUUUAUAUCAAAAGUCCAUACGUAGCGCAGGCAUUUGUUCAUGGCGAUGGUCUUAAGGUAAGAUUUCUUGGAAAGCAAAGGAUGUUUUCGAUUGUGUUUUUGUUUAAUAUAAUUUUACAGAAGUAACUUUGGCGAAGCCAUUGGAGCUACGAUUCUGCGAAUAAAUCUCAGCAUCUUGUUGGCCGUACGUAUUUACUUGGGCAAGAAUACGCAUCACCUGUCAAAAGUACUCCAACACGUUGGUCAAAUUUGGCGAAAUUUCUCCCACUCGUGCGGGGCUCGUAUUGUCAGCGGACAUCUUACACAAAAUGGCCAGUUCUUUUUUUACCGCACGUCCGCUCGAAAAUGCGAGCCUGCGCUACUGGAAGAAAAUGCGCUGAAUAUGACCUGCGUGCAAGUCACUCUAAGCUUUAAUUACUCUCGCUAACGUUCUUGCCCGCAUAUGAAGCUACGACUAAUGCGGUGUAUACAUUUUUGUACUGCAGUCAUGUAUAGUUGGAAUUAUUGUACCAGACGAAGAAAUUCUUAUGGGGUGGGCUACAGAAAAUAGUUUGUCGAAAACAUUUAAUGAAUUAUGUCACAACGAGGUACGUUUAUCGUUAAAAAACUAUUAUAUAGUUAGUCGCUGAAGAUCUUCUGCACAAGUGACUAUAAAUAGGUUGCGGCACGCAUUUUUUGUGGAUUUCCAGUCGUCGUAGAUAGCCGCAAAAUGGUAUAUUAUGAGCAGCUCCUGCCAAUUGUUACCUAAAUUAUCCGUAAAUAACACUAAUUUACCUGUGAUUUUACCAAGAAUUUUACUAGAAAAGCCAAAAUUAACAUUGAAAUAGCGACCUUCGCAAAUCGCGACAUUCGCAAUCUGUCUUUUUUGACGUACUGUAUAUGUUGACGCUUUAUGUUGACGCUUUUAGCUGAUUUAAUCCCCAAGCUGAUGGCGCGAAGCGCGAGGGUACUGAUUCCCCCCGGCUAUUUACACCCGGGGAAACGAAAGCAUUAGCGAAGUCUAAAGUUCAUCAAUUAUCGCGGGCGUGGGUGACCAACGAUGUUGUGCGGGUGGUCAUCCUCACUGAUCUCUAAAAUAUGGCGGACUGUCACGAAUAGCGGACAUGCACUGAUUCAUCCAAUUUAAAGUUAAUAGCAAACAUUUCUUGAUUUGAUGAUUGAUAAAUUUCUUGCAAAUAUAUUUCAUUUUUGCUCGCAUUUUUGCAAGAUUUUGUAAACUUCAAAAGCUCUCUCAGAAAGAAACUGCGAAAGAAUCGGCUAAAAGAAGGGAGCCGACGUUAACGAAGGUAAGUUUGUUUUAAAUAUUGAUUUUAUAAUGGAUUUGAAACCCGAGGGGCUUUGCGUAUAUGAAACAACUAAACAAGACAGCAUAUCAUUUCAGUGUAUCUUUAAUAUUGAUUCCCUUUUUUAUGAUAUUGAAUUUUUUAAAUAAAAAAGAAAGCAAAGUUAUUUGCAAGCGAGAAUUUUAAAUCAUUUUAUUGCAAACUCAAAGUUUAUCGAUAAAGCCAUUUUAAAAGGCAGUUUAGUUUUAUAAAGAACACUAGUGACUUUAAAACGUUUUGCGAAGGGUUUGUGGUUGAAUUUUACCUUAAAUUGAGGCUUAUAUUACGUAUAAUAACAUACCUAACAUAUAUAUGUUGGGAAAUUAAUAAUUUUGUAAUUAAAAGUGAUAUUUUUAGGCGAUUUUUCAUUUGUAAGAAUAUUCUUAAAAAAUUAUUGUGUUACCACGACAUCUGCUUUAGAUACUUCAUGUUAUAAUUUCUAGUUAUAAUAUUAAUAGUCUAAUUAACAAUUAGACAACGAGGCCAAGUUGUCUAUGAGCGAAUAGUCACCGAAGGAGUAGCCUGAGUUGACUAUUCACAACAGACAACGAGGCCGAGUUGUCUAGUUGUUUUAGUAUGCACUCCUACUAUAUAAAUACAAACUCCAGGCACAAAAGACCUUACCGUUUACUCACUUUUCACCCCAUGCCUCGUUUUCGUGUCAGAUACUUACUCAUGUUUUGUGCUUAGUAGGGUUGAAAAUUACUUUGUUAUUGAGCCUAAGAACAGCAAGAAACAAAUUCGUCCUGGAAAACAUGGGAAUAUAAUCGUUAUCUGCCCCUGACAUGCUUUUAAUAAGUUAACAUGGAAACGAGGCCAUUGGGUAAAAGAGAAUAAUCGAUAAGGUCUAUUGGAAAGUUUUAAAUAAAUUUGAAAGCAUGGACGAGCGUUUGAAUGAUUUCUUUCAACUUUCGGAUGUUUCACUUGCGGCCUUUUUGUUUACUUUUUGCAAACAACCCGGCGAAACGUUUUUUAAAAAUACACAGUUCGUGAGCUUUGAAAAUGUUUUCAAACUGUAAACGAAAUGUUGCAGUAGUUUACGUAAAAAGACGUAAAAGAUAUACGCAAAGCAAUCCUAAUGUCGUUGAAAUCGAUGAAAUACAUGACAGAAUAACUGAAAAACAAUAUAUACUUUCACCUGAAACGCAUAGACAAAGUUUGACAUUGAGAUUUUAUAAAAAAGAACUCGAAGCUAUAAGGAAAGUUCUUUUUAGGUUUAAAUGUCAAAGCACAAAAAAAAUACCAUUUAAAGCCUUAAGAUAUAACUGCUAUCAACAAAAAAUCACAUUUAGACAAAGAAACACUUGAAAGACGAGGAAAACAUAUGUAUGAUUAAGUAACUACAAGCGAUGUGGGUAAAUAUGGAGAUUUUCGCCAUCUCGUUCGAUAGAACGAAUAGUAGGUGGUAUUUUUACGUAUGGAAUUUUCGAACGUAAAAUAUAAAAAUUACACCAACAAACGACGCAUCUACUAUUAGUUCUAUCGAACAAGAUGCCCAGAAUCUCCAUAUUUAUCCGUGCAUGUAUUAGUCAAUAGUCAAUACUUUUUCAUGACACUGUGACAGCACACAGGGGCGGCGCUGGCCCUGUUUGAAUGGGGGAGGGGGGAUGUAAGUGAAAGUUUCCCGAGUCUAUCGUUUCCACUACUCUUGGCGAGGGGAGGGAAAAAAACAAAAAAAAUUUACUGACAUUUUAUUUUUAAGUAUCUUUCUGGUUGUCUCGUUUAGCUUUUCCUUUAUAUAUAUUUCCGUAUAUUUCGUCAAAUUUGAGCUAUAAUUAUUAGUUUUUAAUCAGUUUCACUCCAAUAUGUUUAUCCCCUUUCUAUUCAAUUCAUUUUUUGCCAACUUCAGUAGGAAAACAUUUCGCCGACUGGGAUACAAUAAUUUGCCGACUAUCGGACGACUGCGGGGUGUUCCAACCCCCUCAAGCGCCGCCCCUAGUUGGCAGUACGUACAUUAAGUACUGACUAAUUAAAGUCUGGAUGGUUUGCAACAUAUUUUAUUGGGACAGGUGAACACAGUAACGCUCGUGUUUCGCAUCAAUUAAAAUAUUCCACUCCUCAGCUAUUAUUUCUUUUACAUAAUUUUGCAGCAUGUCAAAGACAUGAUUCUCAAGGAUAUCGUUGCAAGAGGAAAAGAAGCAAAGUUGGCAUCAUUUGAGCAGGUUUGAUUAUCUUUUAAAUUUUAAAUCAUGCACUCGUUUUCGUUGAUGCGCCGCUAAUAAACCUCCUCAGCUUCGUAUGCAAUUUGCCAAUUUCAGAUUAGGUGAUGUUUACAUCUUUUUAAUGCUUUUUGUGGCUAGCCCGUUUGCGGGCCAGCCACUAUCACAUACACAAACGCGAUGAUGAUCAUGUUGUCCAGUCCGGAUUUUCGUUAAGUAUCGGGAGCAAUCGGAUGCGCCCGUAUUUUUUUGCCGACAUGUCACCUUUGCCUUUCGAGGCAUUUGAUGAUUUUGAUCCAUUUUGAGGACUUCUACUUCUACACUAGCAUGAGCAGCAUUCGCGUUAUUCCUUGUGUUCCUUUAAGUAAAAGGUAUUAUUUGCUCAUUUCUAUUUUUGUUUAAGUUUGCUUUUAUUGAAUUAUUUACAAUGCUAUUUUGGCUUGCUCUGGACAUCUGGUCAAAGAUAUAUUUUUGGUCCAAUAUAGAUCAGGCAUUCUUAUACGUGAAGUCGACGUAUCAAAUCAGAAAUACAGUAUACAAAGGAACCAAAUCAAAAAUUGAAAAAUACAAUAUUACACAUGAAAGGGCCCAUUGUGGCUCGUACUGAUCAUACAGGGCUAUUUACAGUACGUGAAAGGCCAGUGGUACCAAACAAAGUACGUAACGUACCAAACAAAAACAAGCCAAGAAGGCCAGGAGUAUUGUAUAUUGCAAACCAAUUGCCAUUUGUGCUGGGAUUAACUACCUUGAAUUUUGCUAAUGUAGUCACAAGAACAACCUUGACUAUUGCUAUAGUACAGCAGUCCAUGUAGAUGAAAUUAUUUUAGUAAUUUUGCUAGUAUUUGCAUUUUUUAGUAUAUAUCUCCCUGGAUGUAUAAAAAUUGUUGUGUUCAUCAUCUAAUGUGCAUUCACAUUCCUUAAUUUUGAAACUAUUUGCUAAAACACCUUCUGGGUAUAAUAAGCAUCCAGCAAGUAUAACCGUAUUCUUGAGUUUCAUAUGAUUGACGUCACAAAAGUGACGGGCGGUCAACUCUAAAACAAAACACAGUUAUCAGAGUGAGUCGAUUGUUCGUUUUAUGUAUUAGCCUUGUGUUCGGUGGUAAAUACAUGGAAUUUCGUAUCAUUUUCUUACUCCACUACAGCAUAAGCAUCAGUACAUUUGAGGUUGACCCCCCGUCACAUUCACUGCAUAAUGCUGUAGUGAAACCCAAGAAUAGGCAACCCCUGCCGUUAAGCAUCCUCUGGGUAUAAGCACCAUAUGGAUAUAAGCAUCCCCUGGGUAUAAGCAUCCACUAAGUGUAAUCUACAGAAUUUGCUAAAAUUAAGACAAAUGCAAAACUCAGAAAUGUGUGAAAUGACUUUACUUUCCCUUUAUAUUUUCCAUACUAAUUUUGCAGUCAAUAAUUAAUGCUUCAUCUGACCUGUAACAUGAACAGCCCCUACAAUAUUGGUUAACCCAUUGAGCCGCAAUGUGCCCCAGUGCGCCCUACUUUUUUACUUGUCUAACGCCAGACGGUUUUACUCAUCAAUGGGGAAGCUUUCAACUUAAUGGGUUACGAAAAGUAAUCUUUCAGAAAUGUGUUCAAAUAAUGCUGGAAAUGUCAUUUCAGAAACCCAAAUUUUAAGACAUUGUUGGAAGGGUGUAUGAUGCUGGAACACCUAGCUCCCCCCUGCUGAGGCUGAAGGGUGGAUACAGUAAUUGAUAUAUUAUACAGUUGCAAAUGCAAGAGCCAUGCAGCCAUGCAUACUAGAAGUUAUGUCACCUACCGACAAUUUUUCAAUGUCGGAGGCAGCAAGACAUUGAGAAUUGUUUGUAGAUUCUUAGCCAAUCACCACGGAGAUUGCAUAUGCAUUGUACAAUAAUAUCUCCUCUUAUUACUAUUAAAGUUAGCCUGCAUGUCUUCUUAUUACCAGUGGCGUAGCUAGCGGUCCCAAUGUCCCACCGGGUGGGUCUAGAAAUUUCAAAAAAAAAAUGAGGAAAUGUUUUAUAGUGAAGCCAAAUUCACAGCUUUUCUUAUUCUGAAAAUUUAUAAAUAUUAAUUAUGAUCAUUUUUCAGUGCUUUCAUUUAUUUAUUUAAAGUUUACGCAAUGUUGCUGUCUGCUCUUUGACCUCUGAAACCCAAAAUUAGCUAAUUUCCACGCAAUUGAUUGCUUACUCACGCAAUUUGUAUAAUCGCAUGUCUCGUGUUCCGCUGAUUUUCACAUGGCGGAAUAUGUAGUACUAUGUUAUACAUGAAAUUCUGGUUUCUGAUUGGAUAUUGGCGCAGCGCAUGUUCAGAACGGCUGUUUUAAUGCCGAAGUCCCGCUAUUUUAUAAAGACGGAGGUUGUCAACUCAAUUCCAUAUAUUAAAGAACUCCGCGAGUUUUGCAGUAGAAAUACAAAAAUAGCACCAAAAAUUCCGCUUGAAAGAUACUAUGUAAUUGAACAAUGUAAAAUAGCCAUAAAUUAUAAACUAGCCAUACUCGAACAAUGUCAACUAAACAUACCUAUAUACAAUAUAUUCGAACAAUGUAAACAAUGUAUCACUAUUAUACCUUUCGUCGAAAUUAUAUAACUUCGGCCACUUUCAACGUUUCUUUUUGGUAUUAGUCUUGUUCGAAUCACAAUCUAACACACUAUUUAGAGUGUUAUGUUCAAGCUUGUAUCUGCAGAUUUGCAUCUUUUAUUUCGGUAUUUCAAAAGAUCUAAAUUUUACGCGAGAGCUUUGACCGGAGGUUCAAGUUCAAAUAUCCAAAACAAUGAGAUGUUUACAUCCUAGCACUCGGGAAACGUUGGAAAUCGAUUAAGGUCAAAUUACCCGUGUAGCGUGAUUUGCACGUGCAUCAGGCUAUGGGGCUCCUUACAAUUUUUUUGUAUUUUACCAAGGCUGUUUAAAUAGAGGUGUAUUGAAAUUUCGGUGGGACGAUUAUUUUGAGCCAGCUACGCCACUGCUCAUUACUAUUAAAGUUAAUCAGCAUGUCAGGCUCUCUGGGUUUGGAGGAGGGUUUGGGGAGUUAAAGUUUACCAGGCUAGCAACAUGUACGCAUUGCGUACCUAUUUUUUAUAUUUUAAUAUGAAUAAAAAAAUAUGAAUUUCAGUCAUCCAAUGUUUGGAGUAUUAAGAGGAGAAACUGUUUUAGUUUCCCUUUGGUACCAACCCAGCGCAAAUAUAGAUAAUGAACGUUCCCUGAUAGGCACAAAAUCAGUGUUCAGACCUGGAAAGUGUUUAAUAUUUCUCGUAUUCUGAAUGAGUUGCCUUUUUCAAAGGUUCCUCGCUGAGGAAAUGACCAUACAUUACGCCAUUAUGCAUGGAUUUUAUCGAAUGUUUAGGUGAAUUAGCUAAAUACAAAACAGAUACAUACCUUGCUCAAAAAUAAUAACAAUCCAACAAAAAAUAAAAGUGCUAACAAUCGUUUUAGUGAAGAAUUAAUAUGAUAGUGACGUUAAUUUAUCGUAAAAUUAAAAAUAUCGCGAAAGUUAUCGCAAAAAUAUUGCAUGUUUACACCCGCCAUUUUGCUUCGCACGAGUUAUUUAUCCGAAUUUAAUUCGAUUGGUCUCAGUAUGAAAAUUAAAUGAGUUACUAUUACGAUACGAAUAAUAUUUUGAAUGAUUGAAUUUAAUUAAACGUACUACAAAAACUGUUGCAUGAUCGAGCGUGCAAUAACUUUUAUACUAUUGUACGGUAGCAAAAUUGAAUUUUAAUUCCAUAUCACGUUAUCAUAAUCAGCCAAUUAAAUUACCAGAAGUUAAUUAGGUGAUUAUAAAAUCAUUUAGAUUCUCCCAUUCCUCAAUCUUUUUGCUAAGUCAAAUGAUAUGUUCCUCACAAGUCCGAGAUCCCAUUUUUUCAGGUCUGUAAAUGUUCCAAUUUCGUUAUUUUUUACUCUGCUUUCAUUGUAGGUCAAAAACAUUAAAUUACAUUCAGAGUUAUUCAGUGUCGAGAAUGGCUUACUCACACCAACACUAAAAUCAAAACGAUUGACAGUGCAGAAAAGAUUCGCUAAGGAACUUCAUCAAUUGUUAAUUUAA